GGACCUGGUGUCCACUUCACUCGAGUAUGAGACCAGAUCAGCAGUGCACGAUGUGGCUAAAGAGUUUGAUGUCAUGGUCUACACUCUCACUCUGAGCAGGAAGCCAGCCUUCUUCGUCUACACUCUCGUAGUCCCAUGUCUCAUGCUCACUCUGCUGGUGGUUUUGUCGAUCUACCUGCCAGUGGACAGUGGGGAGAAGAUGGGUCUGGGGAUGACCAUCAUGCUGGCUCAAGUGGUCAACCUCUUCAUCCUCUCAGGCCUCAUCCCCACCUCCUCCCAACAUUUCCCCAGACUAGGAUAUUAUUUUCUGGUGACGAUUGGGCUGAUAGCACUGUCUCUGCUGUACAAUGUCAUCAACAUCAACAUGUACUACUACAGCUACUCUAAAAUCUUUCAAGUGUUCUUCCGCAAACAAAAUGAUCAAAACGAUGAAAACUCUGGGAUAAUGAGAGAGCCCAAAUCUACUGAAGAGGCCAUUGGACUUCUGAGUCAGCUGGUGGGUGAACUGGACGAGCAGCCGGACAACGGGGAGGAGAGAAGACGCAACAGGUGCAUCGUGCUGGAUCACAUUUUCGGGACCAUCAUGCUGGCUGUCAUCCUCAUCACUACUGGAAUAUUCUUCCUUCCAGAAGCUUGAACUUCAAAUUCAAAUUGUGUUUGAAGUUAAGUCAUUUAAAUAGAUUAAUUUUAAC